UCCAAAUUAAACUAAUAUAGUGAUAAUGUCUAUUCGUUUUUGCGAUCUUAUGGUAAUCAAUAUAUUUAUGUAUCUAUUAGCAACGGUGACUAAAAAUGAUAUUAUCAAGAGCUAAACCAGCGUCUUCCGAAGGAGUGAAAAGAUCUACAUCGGACAAAAAAAUACCCAAAUUAGAGGAGUUUUUAGAGAAACGCGAUUACACAGGUGCUUUAACACUUUUGGAAUUCAACAACGCCUCAGAAAGUACUUUAAACUCCGAGCUAUGGAUGGGUUAUUGCGCGUUUCAUUUGGGGGAUUACAAACGUGCAGCUACGAUUUACGAAAAUUUACAAAAACGAGACGAAAUACCGGCGGAUACCUCGACAAAUUUGGCAUGCUGUUAUUUCUUUCUUGGAAUGUACCCUGAAUCACAAAAACUCCUGGAGGAUGCACCGCACAGUAAAUUGAAGAACAGACUUUUGUUUCAUUUGGCGCAUAAAAUGGGCAACGAGGCGAAAUUAAUGGAGUAUCAUCACAUGUUGGAGGAUGUAAUAGAGGAUCAACUUAGCUUGGCAUCCAUUCAUUAUCUCAGAGCACAUUAUCAAGAGGCCAUCGACGUUUACAAAAAGAUUUUGUUAGAGAACAGAGAUUAUUUUGCGCUAAACGUAUACGUUGCUUUGUGUUAUUACAAAUUAGAUUAUUAUGACGUAGCUCAAGAAGUCCUUCAAGUUUACUUGCAAAAAUAUCCCGACAGUGCAAUAGCAAUAAAUUUAAAAGCGUGCAAUCACUUCCGUUUAUACAAUGGUAACGCUGCACAAAGUGAGAUGAAACAAUUGAUAGAAAAGAUGUCCAACUCUUUCAGCUUUAGUCACGAUCUUAUACGCCACAACGCGGUUGUUUUCAAAGGUGGAGAAGGUGCAUUGCAAAUUUUGCCCAAUUUGGUGGAUGUUAUACCAGAAGCCAGACUGAAUUUAGUAAUUUAUUAUUUAAAGCAAGACGACAUGCGAGAAGCAUUCGAAUUAAUCAAAGAUCUUGAACCAGCCGUGCCACAAGAAUAUAUUUUAAAAGGAAUAGUUAAUGCAGUGAUGGGGCAAGAGACGAAUUCCCGCGAUAACAUAAAGACGGCACAACAGUAUUUUCAAUUAGUGGGCUCCUCCGCAUCUGAAUGCGAUACCAUACCUGGUAGACAAUGCAUGGCAUCUUGCUUCUUCCUGUACCGUCAAUUCGAAGAAGUUCUCGUGUACUUAAAUUCAAUAAAGACUUAUUUCUCCAAUGAAGAUAAUUUCAACUUCAAUUAUGCGCAAGCACAAACUGCAGCAGGCUACUUCAAAGAAGCGGAAGAGGCGUUCUUGAAUAUACGAAACGAGAAAUAUAAGAAUGAUUAUAUUUACAUAAGUCUUCUGGCACAUUGUUUUAUAAUGAACAAGAAAUCCCAAUUGGCUUGGGAUUUAUACCUAAAAAUGGACACAACGACGGAAUCGUUUAGUCUGCUCCAAUUGAUAGCCAACGAUUGUUACAAAGUCGGUGAAUUUUGGUACGCAGCGAAAGCAUUCGACGUGUUAGAACGAAUGGAUCCAAGUCCUGAAAAUUGGGAAGGGAAACGUGGCGCUUGUUGCGGCGUGUUUCAAUGCAUCGUGGCUGAAAGGCAACCAAAAGAGCUAUUACCUGAGAUUAUACAACUUUUGAAGAACACCUCGAAUUCACAAGUGGAGCAGAUCAUUCGAGUGAUGCGCAAAUGGGGUAAAGAUAACAGAAUUAAUUGUUGAUAUAAUCGAAUGAACAGAUGAAUGAUCGUUUAAACCGUAACUUUAUCUUACAUAUAGUUUUAUGUUAAUGGAUAUAUGUAUUAUGCAAGACGCGUUACUGUUAUGUAUAUGAAUUAAUAAUAUAUUUUAUCUAAGAUCUAAAAGAUCUGUGUAAAGAAAUAACUCAUGACGUUGAUGAUUUAAUAUAAAAUAGAUAUAUUUAAACUGUGAUACACUCAUUUUAUAAUAUAAUAAUAAUAAUAAUAAUAAUAAUAAUCAUAAUAAUAAUAAUAAUAAUAAUCAUUGUAAUAGCAAUAAUAAUAAUAAUUAAUUUUAACAAACACAAUCGGUGAAUCGUAAAAACACCAUAGUCGAUGGCGUACACCGCAUUCGCAUACUUGCACAACUCCGAUCAAAAAAAAAAAAAAAAAUUCGACAUUCUUCGAAACGAAAUGCAUUUUUGGAAAGUCACGAGGAAUCGAAAAACUUGUCCCAUUCUCCUCGUGAUUUUCCACAAAACAAUUUCGAAUGGAAUGGCUGCUGAAGUUCAGCAAAAGAAACAAGGAAGAACACCCAACCACGAACAUUGAGGGUAUUCCAAAAAUAUUGAGCAGACGAAGAAAAUGCAAGGAAACUCUUUAACGAUACCCUAUUAAAUUAUAUGUAUAUAAUUAUUUGUAAUAAUACAAUAAAUCGUUUAAAACUCAUUCAGUAGCCAUUGCCCAUCUAAUAACCAGUAAUCAAUGUUUUCGCGUAAAAAUAAUAUCUUUUUUUGCGUCUUCGUUAAGAUAAUUAAUUAAAGAUCUAAUAGUAAUAUAUCGAACAUUUCCUCGAUUCCUAUUUCCUCCUCGUAUCAAAAAUAUUUAACGUAAAAAACGAUUUUUUCAUUAUUGAAUAUCUAUUUGAUAAAUAACUAAAAAUUAUUACAUAUCGUUAAGAUAUUGUUGAGAAUUUUAAUUUUUGUUGAAAACUUGGAUUACUGGAAAGGGCGGCGGACUUCAGAGAAUCUCAACUUAUUUUCCACGGUUUUCAUCUAGAAGGCAGUAAAAAGAGUGUUUCUUUCUUGCAACAGUUUGAAAAUUCUCGUGUCCUACGUUUUAUUAUUCGACGCGUUUCAAAAAUGUAGAGAGAGAGAAGGAGUGCCCGAUAUCAAAUCGUGGCUACGUUUUCCAUAUAUAAAAAUAGCACCAGAAAAAUGGUUUCCGCGGUGCCUUUCAACGGCACACGACAAUUGUAAAUUUCUUUUUCUUUUUUUUUUUCCAUCGUUCGUGCGAUUCGCGCGAAUUUCUAUACGGCACUCGUUCUCUGGUUCCUUUCAAUGGACUUUUUUCCUUUUUUUUUUUUUUUUAUGACACGGAUAAUAUAGUCCAUCGGAUAAAAUAGUCUCGCGAGUCCAUACAGUAAUCGAUUAUUACAUGUUUCUUUAACAUUCUUGAGGGGAAAAAAGAAAGAAGAAGAAAAGAAAAGAGAAAGGAAAGGAAAGAAGAAGAAGAAGAAGAAGAAAAAAAAGGACAUCGCGGUUCCUCGAUUUCCCAUACAUACAUACAACAACGAUGAUAUCUGUGUUUCCGUCGAUAUUACGCUAAAAACGUAGCUUACUUUUUCCACUAUUCUAAAUGUGUAUGUAAAUACGGUAAUGAUAGAGCGGAAAUUUCUCGUGUUCUCCUCACUCUCGACUUUCCUUCUCUCCCGUAUCUCUUUCUCUCAAUUCUCAUCAAACAAUCAUUCAAAGAUAUUUUCCCCUUUCACGCGAUCCUCACACUUACUCUACUCUCCUUUCCUAUCGUCAUCGUUUUUAAAAAGAUUCUAAUGAUUUUUGUGCUCCCACUUUCUCACGUCUUACGUACGAGCAAUGUACGAGCAAAGUAUUCUCUCCCUUCUUUUUUUUGCAUUUUCGUUUUUUCGCUUUUCCCCUCCCCCCCUUCUUUUUUUCUUUUUUUUCUUUUUUUUUUUUUUCUCUUUUGGCAAUCUGCCAACGAUCGAUCAAAGAUCGUUGCAUGGGCGGCGGUAAUCUACCGUUACAUUAACAUUAACGUUAAAAACUCGCUGUUCGCAAUGACAACGACUAUGUGAAACAGGUUGUCUACGGAUAAUGCAACAUCCCGACGUGCCAUCAUUGCGGUACAGUAAUUGAUCAGAAAUCUAAAAUCUGAAGAUCAAGAAACAUUAGAAACAUGGUCGAACUUCGAUCUACGAACGAGAGACUCGCGCAACGAUUGGCACAAGCCCGUAAUUCAUAUUUCGAUCGAAUCCCCACGAGGGACUCGUACCGAUCGAUAUUAUCAAUUCCUAAAAGUAUUUCUAAAUUGAAAAACUGGAGAAACGCUUAAAACGCUUUCGUUCGAUCCGUUGCAGUCGUCGUUAAGUUAAUAUUGAGCUUGUACAAUUUGUGAAAUUUUUCGGUUUUAAAAACUAGAUGUUACGUUAUUUUACUUAUCUCGCUAGACGAUACAUGUGAUCACUUUCGACUGCAAUGAACGUUUUAAUUAUUCAUCUAAACAAUGCUACAGCUCUCUCGAAAAGACUUUCAUUUGGGCGGAUGGUUCCACCAUCCCCUAAGCAGCCUCUAACUUACAAAGAACGAGCUUAACGUUAAAAAAGAAGAAAAAAAAAAAAAAAAACAGGAAGUGGCACCUCCACGACGCUCGAAAAAGAUUCAUCCUUAGCAUCGAAGUACUGUACGGAUGUUGCAUCUGUUGCGUCAAGAUAUUCACCCGUCGCGUAGACGCGUGGAUAAACGUACGACAAACUUUCUAUGCGACGCGUAAAUAUCCCGUCUAAGGAGCUUAGAUUCGGUAAAUUACACGGUAAAGUUAAUAGUAAGAAGAAGAAGAAGAAGAAGAAUAAGAACAAGAAGAAAAAAAAAUUCUACUUAAAGAACCAUGUACAUAGAGAGUAUUUUUAACAGAGACGAUCUUGCGACGAAACUAACUUCGGCCUAGUCGGGAAAAAUCGCUGAUUCCAUCACACGCGAGCGAGGCGGAAGUUAGUUUCAAGAUUCCCCCUUUAUACCUUAGGAAAAGGAUCUUCUAGCAAGAUCGAGAAAAGAGAGAGGAUAGAUCGUGGAAUUGGAUUCAAGCACCUUCCAACUCCACGGUCCACGGUUAAACAAUUGUCGUUUGGCAUUUAAAUAUGGCGUUGUUAAGUGCUCGAGAUUUGUGAAAAAUCGUUGCUCGCUCGCGCCAACGAUUUUUACGAAUAUUUCCGUAAUAUAUUGGAAACUGUGCGAUCGACGUUGUCCCGAAAGAUCCAGAUGUUUUUACGUUUGUUGUCGUUGUUGCUGUCGACUCGUCUCGAAAAAUGAUGGCAGUGUCGUUCCAAGUGAGCAAAAUUUCAUGAACGAAUUUCUUGGUUACACAUACGCACCGAAGAAUUCUGUGUUGAUCAAUUACGCGUGAACGAUCGAAUUUGAAAAUUAACAAAUAUCGAGCGAAUCCUCUGUAAUUCUUGGUUAGAAACGCGAUGGUUCGUAUUUGAUAAUCGAUCGCACGUGUUCCCCUUUAAACGCGUGUUGGCUUAAAAGCCACGUGUCAUCAUAGUGUCGUUCCGUGUACUUUUGUUGUUGUUUCUUGGUAGGCAGUUAGCACGUAAAAUACGAUGAAAAUUCAUAAGACACAAGCGGUUGAAUGUUAUAUACACGUUCGUUAAAUUCUGAACAAAGAACAGGAUCUUUGUGUUAAAGGGUGAAAGAGAAAGCGUACGCCAGUGUGGGUGAACAAGGGAGGCGCGACAACGAACUUUCGUUAAUACUGAUUAACGCAUGAUGAUAAUAAUGAUGAUGAUGAUGAUUUCAAUUACUACGUGUGUGUUUCCUUUUUUUUUUUUUUUCAUUAGGAACUAAAUUCCAUAGGGGGAAUUCUAAGGGUUUCACAGAAAAAUUUCCUUGCAAAGAAUUAUAUAGUGCCUCUCGAGCAAUAUCGGUAGAAUAUAUAAUCGACGCGUCUUCGAGAAUAAGAGCGAAUCGAACUUUGAGUAUAACACGCGUAAAUCUCGAAGUCGGGUCGAAAUAUUAACAGAGUAGAAGAGACCUUGGUCGCGAUGGCAUUUGAUUGGAAGAAAUAUUGAACGUCGAAGAAAACGGUGGUAAAACGAUAUCAGUCAAGUUAAAAAAUCGAUUGUCCAGCGAUUAACACAAACGAUUUGAAUCGUCGUUUUAUUACAGUUCGGUGAUUAAAAAGGGAAAAGGGAAAGAGAAAGAAAGAAAUCGCUGAAGCGCUAUAAAAAAAAAGAACAAGUAAAUCGCAAAAGAAAAGGGAAAAAAAAA